AUGGCAAUUUUCAAUUUAUUAUUUCUACUGCAUGUUAAAACAGAAAAGUGUUAUAGUUGUGGAUCUAAAAGAGUAUACACAUUAUGGCCUAAGAAUGAAGAUGAUAAUUAUCAAUAUAUAAAUGAGUUACCUUUUCUUUUAUCUGAUAGUUGUGAAAAUGUAAAAGAAGAACUACCAAUAGUUGAUUGUAUAAAUAGUGUUUGUGCUAAAGUUGUAUUACAAUAUUAUGAUAAAGAUAAUGAAAUGGUUUCAGAUAAUCAAAGAAAAAAUCUUAUAAUAAGAGAUUGUUGGAGUAGGGUAUUGAAUGUAUCAGGAUCAUAUUUUGAAAAUGGACCUUAUAUAGAAAGAAAGGUACAUUUGUUAGAAAAUUUAGAAACUAAAAACACAGUUGGAUAUGUCUUUACAUGUUCUGGAUAUCUUUUUGUUUUCCUGGUUGAUAUGACUUAUUCAAUGGAUUAUGUUCAUGUUGAUCCAUUAUCUAAGAAACCUAUAGAAUUAUGGAAAAAAUAUGUUAGUGAAGGUAGAAUAAGUCAACCAACAAAAACAUUAAGUUUGGAUACACCAAUAUUUAAAGAUAAAGUAAGAUUUGUUGCAAUAUCUGAUACCCAUGAAAAGUUAGAUGAAGUCCUUAAACAUAUUCCAAAUGGUGAUGUAUUAUUACAUGCUGGAGAUUUUACAAAUUAUGGAGACAUUGGUGAAAUAAUUAAAUUUAAUGCUGAAUUAGGUUUUGAGGAUGGUGAAACAAUGACAAAACGCCAAUUAACAACAUUAAACAUGUUAGGAAUGAAAAAGCCAUAUGAAUUAUUAACAAAUUGUAUUUAUUUAUGUGAUAAAGAAAUUAAUUUAUUUGGAUUAAAAAUAUAUGGAAGUCCUUGGCAUCCAAUGCCAGGUUAUGCAUUUUAUCGUCCUCGUGGACAACCUAUUCUUCAUAAAUGGAAUCAAAUUCCAACAAAAAUUGAUAUACUCCUUACUCAUACACCCCCUCUUGGUCAUGGUGAUUUUAAUUCAUGGGAAAAAUGUGAUGGUGUAUUAGCUGGGUGUGCAGAACUUUUAAAUACUGUUGAAAUGAGAGUAAAACCAAAAUAUCAUGUAUUUGGACAUAUUCAUCAAUGUAGAGGAGUAACAACAAAUGGUACAACAAUAUUUAUUAAUGCUGCUAUUUGUGAUCAUAAACUUAACAGUUGUUAUAAACCCAUUAUUUUUGAUGUUCCUUUACCACCAGGAGUAACAAAAGAAGAAUCUCUUGGAAAAAAUUAA